AUGGCCGCCUACGAGGAGUCUGGCGGCGACGGUUCCUAUGGCGGACGGCCGUCAAGACCAUACGAAGGCAGCGCGGGUCCUCGCAGGCCAAGGCCGGUGACGGAUUAUGGCUCGUCAAUGGUUCAGUGGAUGCGUACACGACGACCGAGAUACAAAGGAACUCAUCGUAUGGAAGUUGAAAGACCGAGCGCGAGUUAUGCAGUUGAUGUACUGCCUCCGUUAGCCAGGGUACACUCGCCGGCCGAUACGAUUCCCGUGCGGCAUCUGCAUCAAUCGAUCGGAAAAUCAAAGAAACCCAUUACCGUCGUGAGGUGGACGCCAGAAGGUCGGCGACUUCUUACUGGUGGACACACGGGGGAGUUUAUGCUAUGGAAUGGGACAGCCUUUAAUUUCGAGACGGUGAUGGACGCCCAUUACGACCAAUAUCAGGCCGGUGUCACAUCUGCUGCCUGGUCGCAUAGUCACGACUGGCUCAUCUCCGGCGGUCAAAAGGGAGAUGUAAAGUACUGGCGACCCAACUUUAACAAUGUCGAAACAGUCGAUGAUGCACACCACGAUGCUGUGAGAGACCUGGCAUGGGGUCCCAGCGAUACAAAGUUCCUCUCGGCUUCGGAUGAUACAACACUUAAGAUUUUUGACUUCACCGCUCGUGCCUGUGAUACCGUCCUCACUGGUCAUAACUGGGAUGUCAAGUCCUGCGACUGGCACCCAACCAAAGGCCUCCUGGUUUCCGGUUCCAAGGACCAUCAAGUCAAAUUUUGGGACCCUCGCACUGGUCGGUGCCUGACUACGCUCCACAGUCAUAAAAACACUGUUACUACAACCAGAUUUUCUAGAGUCAAUCACAAUCUUUUGGCUACUUCGUCGCGAGAUUCUACUGCUAGGGUAUUUGAUCUUCGAAUGAUGCGCGACAUAUGUAUUCUCAGAGGGCACGAAAAGCCAAUAUCUUCGUUAACUUGGCACCCAGUCCAUAGUUCGUUGAUAUCAACAGGCAGCGAAGAUGGUUCGCUAUAUCAUUACUUGCUGGAUGAGCCCAAUCAGCCCCCCGGCCAGGUCCCUACCGUGGCGCCAUACGACAGCAACGAUCCGCUCAACACCCCACCCCAGGUGGUAUAUCCUGCCCAUCGCAUUCAAUACGCUCACGGCUCGACAAUCUGGUCUCUCCACUGGCAUCCAAUGGGACAUAUAUUGGCCUCUGGCUCAAAGGAUAAUUUCGCACGCUUCUGGUCUCGAGCUCGACCCGGGGAGACUGCAUACCUGAAAGAUCGGUUCCAUAUCGGAGAAGAGGCAGCUGAAGCACAAGGGACAUGGAAUCGGGGUUUCGGGAAAAAGCAAAUGCGAGAGGAGGAAGAACAAGAGCUUGAAGACGAGGCAGACGGUCUCGUUGACCAAAGGGCUGCGGCCCCGACUCUCCCUGGUAUUCAAGGGCUACCGGGUAUCUCAUCAGACGGGGGUCCGAUGGGACUCCUUCCAGGCAUUGGCAACCCGCAACCGCCUCCUCAGCCGAAUAUGGCUCCAGGCACUAACCAACUGGCUUCGAUGCUAGGAGUUUCCUCGCUGCCUCCGGUCGCACAUGGCAACUAUGCACCACCACAACCACCACCAAACAUGGGUUUUCCAGGCCUCGGUUUCGGGCCCCAAGCCACGGCCACACCCCCUCCGGUGCCGCCAGCUAAUCUUAACCCGAAUCUCAAUCUCGCAGCAUUGCAGAAGCAAUUACUGGCGCAAGGAGUUACACUUCCCGCGAAUUUCGCCAACCCAAGCGCAUGGAAUAGGGGCUAA